CACAAAUGCUGAUAAUUUGGUUUUAAGCUCCUACAUUUUGGAAUAAUUUUAUAGAGAUGGGCUGACCUCCAACUGAUGGAGAUCUUCCUACCUCAGCUUCCUGAGUGCCGGGGUUACAAGUAUGCACCAUUGGACCUGGCCCUUCAAUUUAUUUAAUAGCUGCUUCUAAGGCCCUAGUGGGGCAUGCUGCCUCAUGCCCAAGCUGGCUGACCGGAAGCUGUGUGCUGAUGCGGAAUGCAGUCACCCCAUUUCAAUGGCUGUGGCCCUUCAAGACUAUGUGGCUCCGGACUGCCGUUUCCUGACCAUACAUAGGGGCCAAAUUGUGUAUGUCUUCUCCAAGCUGAAGGGCCGAGGGAGGUUCUUCUGGGGAGGCAGUGUUCAGGGAGAUUACUACGCAGACCUGCCGGCUCACCUAGGCUAUUUCCCCAGUAGCAUUGUUCGAGAAGGCCAGACUCUGAAACCUGGCAAAAUUGAUGUGAAGACAGAUAAAUGGGAUUUCUGCUGUCAGUGAGCUCAGCCUUCCACUCUUCUGCUGUUUCCCUCCAGGCCUUAUGCAAAUACACUGAGUGCAAACUGC